AUGCCGGCCGCUUUGCGAUCAUCUCACAGUCGCAUAUUAUCACCGCGGACAUCGACCAUCGCUGCCCUCUCCGCCUUCAACAGCUCCUGUCAACCCAUUCGUCACUUCUCCCAAACACCAUCGCACUCUGCUCAAGGACCCGGCAGUGGCCUUUUCUCCCUUGCCGGUGGAAUAGGUGGUCCUAGCUCUCCGACCUCAUAUUUCCAGCGCCAAAGCCUUCCAGCCAAUACGAUUAUCCGCUUUGUGCCGCAACAAACAGCAUGGAUCGUGGAACGCAUGGGGAAGUUCAACCGGAUAUUGGAGCCUGGUCUGGCUAUCUUGAUCCCAUUCCUGGAUCGGAUAGCAUACGUUAAGAGCUUGAAGGAGGCUGCCAUUGAGAUACCAAGUCAGAGCGCCAUUACUGCGGACAACGUAACGUUGGAGCUUGAUGGAGUGUUAUAUACGCGGGUUUUCGAUGCGUACAAAGCCAGCUAUGGAGUAGAAGAUGCCGAAUACGCGAUUUCACAGCUCGCUCAAACAACGAUGCGCUCCGAAAUUGGCCGGCUUUCCCUCGACCACGUUCUCAAGGAGCGUGCGAACCUGAACACGAACAUCACCGCCGCCAUCAACGAGGCUGCCCAGGACUGGGGCGUCACCUGUCUGCGUUACGAAAUCCGAGACAUUCAUGCGCCCGCUCCCGUCGUCGAAGCUAUGCAUCGACAAGUCACUGCUGAGCGCAGCAAGCGUGCUGAGAUUCUCGAGUCGGAAGGUCAAAGGCAGAGCGCCAUCAACAUCGCCGAAGGUCGGAAGCAGAGUGUCAUUCUGGCGUCCGAGGCGCUCAAGGCGGAGCAAAUUAACAUGGCGAAUGGUGAAGCGGAGGCAAUCCUCGUUAAGGCUACGGCAACGGCUGCUGGUAUUGAUGCUGUGGGCAAGUCCAUUGCACAAGGCAAAGAGGCGGCGCAAGGGGCGAUUAGCUUGAGCGUGGCAGAGAAAUAUGUCGACGCCUUCGGCAAGUUGGCGAAGGAGGGAACGUCUAUCAUUGUUCCAGGCAACAUGGGAGAUAUUGGUGGUAUGAUCGCAAGUGCUAUGGCGGUUUACGGGAAUGUCAGCGGUGGGCAGGCGAAGGCUCUGAAUGCGAAAACGGUGGGUGGUAAUCAAUCGCCGACCGCUCAAAGGAUACAAGAACUGGAAGAUGAGCUGGAGAACGUCCAGAUGCACACGGACGAUAUCUCGAAGUCUGUGUUGGAGAGCUUCGAUAAGACGACAGCAAAGCGGUAA